AUGUCAGAGAGGUACUACGGACGGGCGCCGCCGGUGAAGAUCAACGGUCACGUCAAUGCCGCCUUUCCUUACAUUCGCACGCCGCUGGACUACAUUCUUCCGGAGCUGCUCAAAAAUGCCGUUCGCGCCACCGUGGAGGCCCACUACGACUCGCCGACGCUGCCACCCAUCAUGGUGACCAUCUCCACGAAUGACGUCGACUUCAUCAUUCGCAUCUCUGACCGCGGCGGCGGCAUCGCCCACGACCUGGUGGACCUGGUCACGCAGUACCACUUCACGACGGCCAGCCGGGCCGCCUCUGACUCUCGCUUCGACCGCGGCCUUUUCGAGAACAUCAUGACGGACAGUCAGGCAAGGGCGUCUCCGAUGCACGGUUUCGGCUUUGGCCUGCCCACCUCGCGCGCCUACGCCGAGUACCUCAAUGGGCGGCUGAGCAUCGAGUCGAUGCAGGGCAUCGGCACCGACGUCUACUUGCGCCUCCGACACAUAGAUGGCAAACACGAGUCAUUCAGAAUCUAA